CUUGAAUUGUUUUUUUUGAACAGUAGCCAUGUCAGGGCCCGGCAGCACCGGCGCGGCCAAGGAGGCCAAUGAGGAGAUUCAAAGCAUGUGUGGCGGCUUGAAGGAUCAGGCGCUCGAAAAGGCGCAAGCGUCGGGUUGGAACGGCCUCUUUUCGGAGUUCACCGCCGUGAGCUUUACCAGUCAGGUGGUGGCUGGCACCAACUAUUUUGUGAAGGUGAAGGUGGCGGAUGGCAAAUAUUGCCAUCUACGUGUUCACCAACCACUGCCGCACACGGGGCAGCCUCCAGCGAUACAUAGCGUGCAGAUGGAUAAGGCUGAAGGAGACGCAAUCGAGUACUUCUGAUGGCCGCUGGGAUGACGCACUGGACGUCUAGAAGUGACAGUUGGACUGGUUGACUAGCAGCAAAAUGUAGGGGGG